AACACGUUCCCUCGACCAUGACGACUCUGCUGGAGAAAGUGGUGUGGUCGGUGGUGCGGAUGGGCUUUAGAGCCAUUUUCUUCGUCGCAGAUUGGAUCUUCAACUUCGCCUACAGGGGUGAGGCACAGGAGGUGCCCCCUGUGUGGAAUUCGAUCCUCCUGAAGUCGGCCACCAGAUUGGCGGCUGAAAUCAGGGAGGGAAAGUUGAGGAGUCAGGAUGUGGUACUCGCCUACAUGGAGCGAAUCCUGAAGGUGGAGCCUUACAUCAAUGCCACAGUCGACAGGCGCUUCGAGGAGGCCAUGAAGGAAGCCGCCCAUGUGGACACCCUGGUAGCCUCGGGAGCCAUGAGCAGAGAGCGGAUGGCCAGGGAAAAGCCCUUGCUAGGGGUGCCUCUCAGCGUCAAAGUGCUGCUCACAGUCAAAGGGAUGAGGAGUACGGCCUCUUCCAUGCUCUUCCUCGACACCAGGGCUGCCGAGGACGCCCCGAGCGUGGCCGCCCUAAAGGAGGCUGGGGCCAUCGUCAUGGCAACCACCAACACACCGGAAAUGGGACUGGGCUUUGAAACGAACAACUACGCCCACGGGAAGACGUGCAACCCCUACGACAUCACCAGGACCAGUGGAGGGAGUAGCGGCGGCGAGAGUGCUCUGAUCGCAGCGGCCGGAUCCGUCAUAGGAUUGGGGAACGACAUGUUGGGAAGUGUUCGGGUGCCAAGCUUCUUCACCGGCAUUUUUUCCCACAAGCCCACUAGAGGAUACGUAUCCUUGAAGGGAUGCUUCCCCGUACCGGACGCUGAACUGGAGAGGUAUAUAUACACGGGACCCAUGUGCCGAUAUGCAGAGGACCUCAACCUCACCAUGGGAGUACUCACCGCUCACAACGGAACUCCUCUUAAAUUCGGACAAAAGGUGAAUUUCAAGAACCUAAAGUUGUACUAUAUGAUGAAAUCUAAAGGUCCACUCAUGGUUGACGUAGAUCCAGAAAUUACUGCAGCAAUGAAAAAAGCUAUUUCGCAUUUUGAGACCACUUACGGAGUUCGAGCAACAGAGAUCCAGCUUCCAUCUUUGGGCAUAGUCACGUGGAUGUGUCUAUACAAUUUCGUGUACUCAGUCAAAGACAUGAAGAAGCUGCUGACAGCCGGCAAGACUGACAUCAACGUCUUCGUGGAGUUCCUGAAACGUCUUUUCGGUGCUUCCAAACUGUCUCUCAUGGCUAUCCUUGCCAUGUUAGCCCGGAAAACGCCUUUCAUCUUCAAUUCCGAAAACGAAAAAUCUUUCGCCAAAUUGGAAAACAUGUUCAGGGGAAAGCUGAACAGCGUUCUUGCAGACGAUAACUCGGUGUUGUUGAUGCCGACCUUCCCCAUGACUGCACCUUACCACUACCAGGUGACGCUGCUGCUGCCGAGCACUGGAUACACGGGUUUGUUCAAUAUGUUGCCCAAUCCAGCGACCCAAUGCGCCAUGGGCCUCAGCAAGGAGGGAUUGCCCAUUGGAUUUCAAAUAGUGGGUCGCAGUGGUGCAGAUCCACUCACCAUAGCUUGCGCUGUGGAGUUGGAGAAAGCGUUUGGUGGUUGGGUGCCACCUGCACAAUGAUAAAAACUCCUUUAGCUAUAUUAAGUUGCAUCUCCACCAUCCUCUGUAAUCUCUUUAACUGCACUAAAAUCUCAACUAUUUGCGUGUGGAUUAUCCGGCUUACAGAUUGUCCGUGCACUUUGUAAAUCACCAGUGUUUAUGGAUUUUCCGUCAGCCUAAAGCAAAGAAUUAAGAUUUGAAGUAUUAUAGUUAAAACUGUGUCAGACCAAGAUAAGAGAAUGUUAGCACAUAAAAACUGAAUUAAAUGACUCUAUCUUGGCUUUCUUCCAUCAGGCUGAUUGAAGAAAGCCAUUGACUCGAUUAUCGAUGUAAGGAUUAUCCUUCUUGCGGAUUUUCCAUACAGUCAUUAUUUAUUUCGGAUUUUUUGUUCACGUAAAAAAACUCUUUUUAAAGCAAUCGAAGUAUUAUCUGUGCAAUCAGUGACUUUCAUAAGAAAAACUAAAAUAUUCUAACGGCUGUGAUAUACCUGACUCUCCUCUUGGUUGAAAAAUCAUCAACUUUUGCGAAAUUUCCGUGCAUCGACAAAUUUCUAUUAUCAUUCAGAUAUUAUGUGCACAUGACCAAGAGGAAAAACGUGAAAAAGUUAUUGUGAUCAAUGGAUUUUAAGCGAGAAUAUUGAAAGUGAAAAUAGUUUCUUAAGAGCAGUGUGUAAGUGGAAACAAAAGUCUUCCAGUGCUCGCUCUUGGGUGGAGCAAUGUUUCUAUAAAAUACAGGUUCUUAAAUAACGUACAUAUUUUAAGUCACAUGCUUGGUGCUGCCAUUAGAAACACGUACCACUAAAUUGUGUAAACAUUCAUUUAUAACUUGUAAGAGAAAUCAACAAAAUAUGUUAAACCCAUGGACUAAGGAUAAGCCCAGUUUCCACAUUAGGGCAAUACCACGCUAGAGGUACAGGGUGUCCUGAAAAAGACUGACUAUUUUGAAAAAAUUAUUACAGGAAAAUGUUUAAUGAUAAAAAUAUAAUUCUUGCAGAAAAUUCAUGUGGCGGGCAGUAAAUUCUUUCCCUUGAAAGUGCGAAUGUUAGUUCAACAAUUUUCUAAUAGAUGGCAUUUCAGGUACUAAGCCCAUGAAUCAAAGAAAGACUGAACACUACAUCAUAAUUAUUCGAAAAAUGUUUUUAAUGAACAAAAUUACGUAACAAUUUUUCAAAAUAUCGACCGUCGGCAGCAACCACGUGUCGCAAUCGAAGGAAAAAUCGGUGAAUUUCAAUUCUUCGUUUUUGAUUUUCAGGUUUACUAUCUGCCGCGCCAUCUAAUGAAAAAUUUUUGAACUAAAAUUUGGAACUCUGAGAAAAAAACUUACGGAGCACCACAUGAAUUUUCUGCAAACAUUUAUUUUUCAUCAUUAAGCGUUUUCCUGUUAUACAUUUUUGAAAACAGGCAGUCUUUUUCAGGACACCCUGUAAAUGGCGUUGUAUUGAUUGGGGUCAUUUUUAAGCAUUCGCUGCGUUAAGGUGUCAACAUGAAACCGCAUCAGGUUAAACUCACGGUAUCAGUUGACGAGCUGAGCGAUCUCCUAUCAAGCCAAGUAGUCUUCAACUAUGGUGUUUCUCGCAGGUAAUUUAAUUUCGCCAUUGAAAAGAGACUAAGUAUGAACUUACUUGUGCUCAACCUUGACCACCAGAUUCCUCUUCAUGUUGACAGACGGUUUCGAGGUUUGUACCUGGAAGACAAGGCAGCAAGCAGUCUACUUUAUUUUUAGUCCACAGCUCAAUCAAAUGUAGUAUUGUUGUGUGAUCAACAUUGGACUCUACUUCAGGAGAAGUGAAAGCAGAAGUAAAUAAAGCAACGUGACACUUGGCAAAAGUGCUAUCUGCUUGGUGUUGGGAAGACUGGAAACAUUGCCACUGCGAAUGACGUAUGGAGAAUCAAAUGUUUUUGGACUUCUGCAACUUCUUUCAGAAAUCAUGUUA